AUGGAGCCCAUGACCAUGUCCCUCCUCUGCGCCCUCGCCCUCCUCCUCCUCCCCUACCUCGUCACGGAGCCGCACCACGUGCGCGUCGCCGUCGCCCUCUGCUGCUGCGCCCUCUUCUCGCGGGGCGUCGCCAGCCUCGGCGCCGCCGCCGACCUCGACACCGCCAGCGCCACCACCGCCGCCGCCGGCGUCCUCGCCUUCCUCUUCGCCGUCGCCCACCACCCCCUCUCGUGGCUCUCCCUGGUCCUCCUCGCCGACCCCGCCGCCGUCCCCGCCGGCGAGCGGCCCCCGCCAGCCGCGGCGUGGUUCGGCAGGCCUCGCCAGCUUGUCCCGGCCGCCCACGGCUCGCGGGGGAGGGAGAGGAGGAGGUCCAAGCCCAAGCCCGCCACCACCACCGACGCCGACGCCGACGCCGCCGAGUCCGUCUUGCUGCUGAAGAAGAAGCUCGAGCGCGCCGAGGCCGAGAAGGCCGACCUCGAGGCCGAGAACCGUCGCGUGGCGGCCCAGCGCGACGGCUACAAGAGCCUGAGCGCGCGGUACUGGACCAUGGCCAAGAUGUGCAUGGGCGCCGCCGAGGGCGCAAAGUCCAGUCGCGACCGGGCCCUGCGCAGGCGCGCGUCGUGUUUCCAGAAGGCUGCGGCUGCGGCUGCGGGGGCCGACGACAAGAUCGCCCGCCUCGAGGCGUCUGUCGCGGAGAAGGACCAGGUGAUCGAGGACAAGGACAGGAUCAUCGAGGCCAGGGAGGAGGAGAUCGCGAGCCUCUACGCCAUCAUCGGCGGCGACGACGACACCGAUGACGACGACACCAACAGCGGCCCUCCCCGAGGAGGAAAUGCGCAGCACCACACCACGGCCACAGAGCCGAGCGGCGCGCCUCCUGCCCCUGUUGACGACUCUUCGGUCCCUCCUCGUCCUUCUCCUCCUCCUCUUCGUUCUCCCUCUCCUCCUACUGCUGCCCCGGUCCUCUCCCCGUGCGCCUCGUCGACCCCGUCGCCAGCCUCGUCUGCCCCUGCGUCGCCCGCCUCGUCUCCCACCUUCUCGCCGCCUGGCUCGCCAACCUUCCUCCCCCUCUUCCCGAAGGUGGCCCCAGGGCUUCCAGACCUCGACCAUCUGGAUUCGGCCUCUGACGCCGCGUCUCUCGCCUCUGCGUCUUCCGACCUGGGACUCCUGUCCGGUGAUGGAGCUUAG